AUGGAUCUGAAAGACAGCUGGGAGAGUCGACAGGACUUGGACCUGGAGGUGCCUGUGACAGCACCUUCCUCACCCAGCCCAGGGCCCCCAGAGCUUCCCGAUGAGGUGGACGUCCCAAAAGGGCCGCAGGACGUGGCUCCCAGCUCCCGGGCCUCUGUGCUUGGGCGCAGCAUCGUAGGACCCCGUUUGCGUCCCGCCCGCUCCGCGCAGGGGCUCCGGGGGCCUGAGGAUCGCCGAGUCUGUCAGCCGGCCAGCUUCGACCUCAGUGUGUGUGACGCCUGGCCGGCGGGCUUCGACUGCUCAGAACCCGCCACCAGCCAGGCCGCCGCGCCACGCCGCGCCGAGCCCAAGCCCGAGCCCCCCGGCCGAAGCCACCCGAAGCCCCGGGCGCUUCAGGGUCUGGGGCCGCCGCGAGCACUGCCGGGACUUGAUCUACGGACCCAGCCCCGCCCCGACAGCCUGAGAGGCCUCCAUCCUUGCUUCCGCGGGAAAGAUUCGGUGGGCUCUGCACCGCCCCAGACAGGGGACGCGACCACGUCCGCCGGCGCGCGCGCACGUCGGAGAGGGGGGCGGACUGCGGGCUGCGGCGCCUCUCCGGGCUGUCACCACCGUGGCGCCCGUGCCCGGGAGGGCCUGCGAACACUACGGCCCCAGGCACCCCCAGCUACCGAAGACGCGCACGCGCGGGCCCGGACGCGCGGACCAGGCGGCCAAGACCUCGCCGCGAAGGGGCGUGGCCUGAACUGGGAGUGCGUCGCCCUUGCCGGCCUUACGUGGCGCCCGCACCAGCUCGGCUGUGAUUCUGAAGGCCUCCCUUCUGCUGCCGCCCAGGCGCCUCUGCUCCAUCGACCUGGGUCUCUGUGCUGCAGUGGGCUCAGCCUUUGGGUUCUGGUCAAGUGCGAGCAGGGGACAGUGUACUGGAGGGGACCCAGCUCCCCGGAGCUGCCGGAAAGUCUCCAGAAAGACAGAGGAUGGGCCCCUCUUUCAUGGAGGUGGCUUAGAGCGGAGGCGAGGGGGCCCCAGGACUCAGGGCCCCAGCAGCUGCCAGCGCCGUGGCCAGGACUCGUCUGGCCCACCCGGCCGCCAGGGAGGCCUGUCCCCAGGUAAGCCGGGGGUGGGGUUCCCAAGACGAAAGGAAGACCGGGCGCGCCGGAGAACCAGCACCUCCGGCCUCCACGCCUAGCCAGUCGCCCCACCCGGCCCCUCCCGAGCCACCCCGGCCAGCUGCCAGCUGGCGAGGCCCACCGCCUGGGGCUGAAUAGCCUUUCUGUUCCUGCGGCCACUGUUCCAUUUCUCCCGCUGAGGGCAAGCCUGGCCAUCUUCCUUCUGGAAGCAGAGUGGGGUGGGGUGGGGACCGCUGCCUACCAGGGAGGGCGGCCGGGGCGGGAGGUGCCAGGUGGCUGCCAGCAGAGGCCGGGUGCCAUCCCCAGUCGCUGACCCCACUCUCCCCGGGUUCUCUCUCGGGGCCCCGACCCCUGCGCCCCGGCCCCGCAGAGAGAUCCACCCGCCACUCUGAUCCUCUGACGCCUGCGCCCAACCUGGAGCGACCAACCUGCAGAGAUCUAGUCGGGGGAGGGGGGGGGGGCACAGCCUGGGUGAUUCAAUAGGAGGCACAAUACACAGACAACACACUCAGCAAACACCCCCGUAAUCAAUGAUUGCAUAAUAUGUAAAACACAAGUUGUUACUUCACAUAAAAUAUGAAAAACAAGA